AGUCCGGGCGCUACCCCGUUGCCUAGGUGAUAGGGACGCACGGGACGCGUAGUGGAUCUGCAGUCACGUCAUGGCCUCUGAGCGGCUACAGCUGGAGAUUGUCGGGCUUCUCAGUGAACCCCCAUUCCACGUUGCCAAAUGUGCAGCCGAGGUGCUGAAACAUUCAUUUGAUGCUGAUUUUGAAGAACCAAUCUUGCGGCCACUUCUUCAGUGUGCAUGGCAUGAGUAUUUGUGUACAAGGAAAAAGGAACUUAAAGGGGAAGUAUGGGAAUUUUCAUCUCAAGUCAUGUGCUUUGCUAAUGGAGAGUUCAUAGGUGAUGAAAAGGCCCUCAAAAUGUGGGCCAAUGAUAUGUGGAGUUACAAAGACUACAGACCCUUGCCACUCUACAAGGCUUUGGCAGAGGACUUUUACACCAAGCACAUGAGAAGUACUAAGCAUGUGUUGGUAUACCUUGACAUUGCAAUUCAGGAUAAGCCAACAGGGAGAUUACUCUUUGAGUUAUUUUCAGAUAUAUGUCCUAAAACGUGCAAAAACUUCCAGUACUUGUGCACUGGAGAAGCUGGGGAUUCUCAAAGUGGUUUGAAAUUGCAUUUCAAAGGAUCUCCAUUCCAUCGCAUAGUGAAAAAUGGCUGGAUACAAGGGGGAGAUAUAGCAUCUGGAAAAGGAAAUGGAGGAGAGUCUAUUUUUGGAGAUACAUUUGAAGAUGAAAAUUAUGCAGUUCCUCACAAUAAGCGCGGUAUUCUUGGUAUGGCCAAUAAGGGACGACAUUCAAAUGGCUCCCAGUUCUAUAUCACUCUACAGGCUACUCCAUACAUGGAUAGAAAGCAUGUGGCAUUUGGACAACUGAUUGAAGGCAGUGAGGUACUACAGAAAAUGGAGGACAUCCUAACUUACAACGAGAGACCAAAAGUGGACUGUAUGAUUGUGGAUUGUGGCAUUUUCACCCCUUAACAAUGAAAUAUUUUAUUUUAAUAAAAAAGUAUUUAUUCUCUUAUGGAUAUAAGAAACACAGUGAAUUUGUAUUCAAGUCAAGUUAAUGCUCUGUGAUAACCAUGUAAAAUGACAGCUCCCAGUAUGACCUGAACAAGGACAAAUACUAGGAGUCACAAGACCAAUUGGUUGCGACACCAGGGCUCGUUUGGAUGUGGCCAUAGCAGGUGCACCUGCUGUUCUGUUAUGUUCAACAGCACAAGCUUUGUGUCAGCAUCCAAUGGUGAGCAAUUUAAUAUGACACAAUUUGUCAAUUGCAACACGCACCAUGUCGUAUAUCUCAUCACGUGCCGGGAGUGUAACAUCCAAUAUGUAGGGUGCACGACGGGUGCCCUGAAAGUGAGAAUUCGUAGGCACCUGUCGGACAUCCCCCAUUUCAACUCCCGGCACGUAUCCAUGGUGAGCCGACACUGUGCAGAGAAACACUCUGGGUCAAUUCGCAGCCUAUAUGUUCAGGGCAUAGAAAAAGUCACUAUGCCUUUGCGCGGCGGAGACCAUAGAAAAAAGUUACUUGACCGCGAGGUCUUUUGGAUUUUAAAACUUGAUACUAGGUCUCCGUGGGGUCUGAACAAAAGGCAGGACACCAUGUUAUACUAUUAGAUUCAUACAUGAUAAGGCAUAAGUAUUAACAGUUCAUCUUAUUUUUGAAUUUGUUACUUGAUGUCCUGUUCCUAUCCCCUUGCUAAACCCAUACAUAUAAGGACAUUACUGCUCCUUAUAUAAUAUAGCAAUCUCUGAUGUUCCCCCUACAUAUUAGGCUUAACAAUUUAGUUCUCUAUAGUUAAUAGUCCUCUCGUCCUCUUAGUUGGUAUAUUCCUCAGUUUUAUAUCUACCACAACAUAUGUUUUUUAAUUUAAUACUAUAAAUGUAUCAUAUCUAAUAAUAUGUGGUUUUGUGAUAUACAGACUUUGGAUUAGUGGCCCUCGCCUUUUCCUCCAUUAUGUAGAACCUAAAUAUUCUUUCAUGGAUUGUCCCACACCCGUUCAUACCGAUUGUUACUAUCUACAUUUAGAUUAAUAUCAGCUUAUGAACUUUUCUUUAUUUAUCUUUUUCGGAUGUGGGCCAAAUCCACGGGAUUAGUUUUUAAUUAAUUCAUACAAUUUUUAGUAUUCUUACCAGCCUAUUUGUGUCAAGUCCCUCCUCUUUUCUAAUACACUAACAUCAUUUAUAAGUAUUUGGUGACUUGGCAUAAUGUUUCAUUAAUGCUGGUAUUGGUUCUAUACUGUGUCCACCAUUGAUAAACUUGAACACAUAAAGGGUGUGACUGACAAUGUAUAUUACUGUGUAAUUUUAAGUCAUUGAUUUAUUACUAUGUUUUUUACACAAGUUUGUCAUUCUUUAUCCCUAGGAAUAUUAAUUGUAUUUUUGUCUGUCUGUGAUUUCUCACAGUUAGUUUUUAUUUGUGAUCAACCUUGUUUAUUGUGUUCUUCUUUGUCUAGUGUGAACACAAGCGUUAAUCUGGUCCUUGUGUAUGGAUAUGCGCCACCCUGGUCCACUCAGGUGUUUUCACCUGGUGGGGGAGGGCGGUGCUGGCCAUUAUAAGGGCCAGAUGGAUCCGAGUAUACCUUGGUAUGACUAAGGCGACUAAGGUUGCUGAAACGCGUCACCCUACUCCAUGAUCCGUGUUGCGAUUUGCUGUGUGAAUUCACAAUAAAUUAUCAUCUUGCAUCGUGCUUUUGUGCUGGACAUUCUUCUAUUUUCCAUUUAUCCGUCCUCGUGGUGUCCGCACGAGUCCAUGCACUGAGGCGGCGGUGGUGAGCUGGACGACUUUCCAUUUCUCAUGAACAAGGACAAAGGUAUAUAGGCAGGACAGGACUGCCAUCAGGCCUUACACAGCUCAAGGCUUGUGGUGUUUUCCUGUUCAAAACUGCCUAGAGCUACCAAAAGGGCUGAAUGCUAGUAGUACAGUUUGCAGUACAUUGCCAUUCUCUUGUACCCUGGUGACAUCCGCUUUGUGGACUUUCCAGAUGGUGAGUAAAUUAGGAUGUCAUCCAGAUAUACUACUACACAUUUCUGAAGCAUAUCAC